AUGAACGCAAGGCUCCUUUACCUUAAUUUCCGCGCCUGCAGCUCUGAGAUGCCGUUUAUCGGAGUGUAUUUACAGAAGGUGAGGCAGAGGCUGGAGCUGUGCAGAGAGGUGGGCCGCCAAUAUCCUGCCUUCUGCUUUCUGCUUGUACUCCUGCUUCUGUCUACUGUCUUACUGAUUAGGUAUCUUCACAUUAUUGUAAUUUUUUGGUCAUUCCUGGCUGGAGUCGUUACCUUCUAUUGCUCAUUGGGACCUGAAACACUACUUCCUAAUAUCCUUAUAACAAUUAAACCUAGGAAAAAGCCAGAGUUCCAAGAGCUAUUUCCUUUUGCUCAUAGCUGUGCUGUCUGUGGGAAAAUUAAAUGCACAAAACACAGACCAACAUUGCUUCUUGAAAACUAUCGGCCAUGGUUAGAUCUUAAAGUACACUCGAAGGUGGACGCGUCGCUUUCAGAGAUUCUUGAGCUCGUUCUUGAAAACUUUGUGUACCCAUGGUACAGGGAUAUUACGGAUGAUGAGGCAUUUGUGGAUGAUCUCAGAGUGACCUUGCGUUUCGUAGCUGCCGUGCUGGUCCGCCGAGCACAGAGAGUUGAUAUUCCAUCUCUCAUAACACUCAAACUACUUAAAGUUGCCAUGAAACACAUUGAAAUAAUUGCCUUAGCAAGACAAAAAGUGAAGAGCUCAGAGCAUCUUCAGCAGGCUGCUUUAGAAGAGUAUGGACCUGAUCUGCAUGUGGCUUUGCGCAGCAGGAGGGAUGAGCUGCUGUACCUACGCAAGCUUACUGAGAUGCUAUUCCCAUAUAUUUUGCCUCCAAAAUCUACCGACUGCAGAUCUCUUACUCUUCUGCUAAGAGAGGUUCUUGCUGGCUCUGUAUUCCUUCCAUCCAUGGAUUAUUUGGCUGAUCCUGAUACCGUGAACCAGUUGCUGCAUAUUUUUAUUGACAACUCUCCACCUGAAGCUGCCACUGAACCAGCCUCUGCACUUGUCCCAUUCCUUCAGAAGUAUGCAGAUAUACGCAACAAGAAGUCUUCAGUGUUAAAGCUAGAACUUAAGGAGAUACGAGAGCAGCAGGACCUGCUGUUUCGCUUCAUGAACUUUCUCAAGCAAGAAGGAGCUGUUCAUGUGCUGCAGUUCUGCCUCACUGUUGAAGAGUUUAAUGACAAGAUACUACGUCCAGAACUUUCCGAUGAUGAAAAACUGAUGCUACAUGAAGAGGUGAAAAAGAUAUAUGAGACAUACUGCCUUGAUGAAAGCAUUGACAAAAUUCGCUUUGACGCUUUCAUUGUUGAAGAGAUCAGAAACAUUGCAGAUGGAGCAUAUUCCGGUGUUGUAAAACUGCAGACUAUGCGCUGCCUGUUUGAGGCCUAUGAACAUGUUCUUUCCUUGCUGGAGAAUGUUUUUACUCCAAUGUUCUGUCAUAGUGAUGAGUAUUUUAGGCAGCUGUUGAGGGGGGCUGAAUCCCCAACAAGGAGCUCCAGACUUGGCAGAAAUAGCGUGAGUUUGGAUGACAUCCGCUUUUCUGAGUGGGAUUAUACCAUGGACCUAGAGUCACUAUCCAUCUCAUCUGCAUCUGUCUACCCAAAUGUUUCAUCCAUUCUUACCCACCAAUCUGGCUCUAAUGCCUUGCGCCCCGUUGCACUUAAGAGCACGUCAAAGCGAGGAGAAUCAUUUGGCAUUGGCCGCAUCGGCAGUAAGAUUAAGGGGGUUUUCAAGAGUACCACCAUGGAAGGAGCCAUGCUGCCCUCUUAUGGACUCUCAGAGGGAGAGGACGAUAUGGUGGAGGAGGCCAUCAUGGUUAUGGAGGAUGACUUGCCUAUGGAGGCUAUCAGUACUCCAAGUACACCUCGUAACCUGACGGCCUGGAGCAUCACUAUUCCGUAUGUGGACUUUUUUGAUGAUGAGGUGAAGAAGGAGAGGAUUCCUGUGUAUUGCAUAGAUGUGGAGAGAAAUGACAGGAGAGCAAUUGGACAUGAGACAGAACAUUGGUCUGUUUACAGAAGAUAUGUGGAAUUUUAUGUGCUUGAGUCAAAACUCACGGAGUUUCAUGGCUCAUUCCCUGAUGCUCAACUUCCAUCCAAGCGGAUAAUUGGACCUAAAAACUAUGAAUUUUUAACAUCCAAGCGUGAGGAAUUUCAGGAAUACCUACAGAACCUCCUGCAACACCCUGAAUUGAGCAACAGCCAACUUCUGGCAGACUUCCUCUCCCCUCACAGUGUGGAGUCGCAGUUCCAUGACAAGAUGUUACCUGAUGUUAAUCUUGGAAAAAUCAUUAAAUCUGUUCCUAGCAAACUAAUCAAAGAGAAAGGUCAGCAUCUAGAACCAUUUAUACAGGCUUUCUUCAAUUCAUGUGAAUCACCAAAACCUAAACCCAGCCGGCCAGAACUCACGAUCCUCAGUCCCACAUCGGAAAACGACAAAAAGCUUUUCAAUGAAAUAUACAAAAACAAUGCAAAUCGCUCCGAGGUCACAGAGAAGAGGCACAACCAGAAUUACUUUAUGGAGAUGAUCACUGUAGAAGGAGUUUAUGACUACUUAAUGUUCCUAGGACGAGUUGUUUUUCAUAUACCUGAUUGGUUACAUCAUCUCUUGAUGGGUGGGCGCAUCCUGUUUAAAAACACACUGGAGGCAUAUACUGACUACUACUUGCAGAACAAACUAGACCAUGUGUUUCAGGAACAUCGUGUGGUUUCAAUUAUCACUCUGCUUAGAGAUUCUGUAUUCUGUGAGAACAGUGAACCACGCUCUUUAGAAGACAAGCAAAAAAGAGCCAGAAAAACAUUCAAUGAAAUGAAGAACUACAUUCCAGAUUUGCUUGGAAAAUGUAUUGGAGAAGAAGCAAAAUACGAAGGGAUAAAGCUUCUGUUUGAUGGACUUCAGCAGUCAGUUCUUAACAAACAGCUGACGUAUAUCCUGCUUGAUGUAGUAAUUCUGGAGCUUUUCCCUGAAUUGAACAAAGUACAGAGAGAAACUUCUGUAAUGGCUCCAUGGAUGUAGAAAAUCACAAGAUCUCUGCAUGUGCAACAUCCUACCUAAAAAUCAAAAGAACCAUGUACAGUAGUGCAUUUUAAGACAACUGUACAAAUUGAUGUACUGAACUGCCUUCAAAUGCCCAUGACUACAUAAAGUAUCAUUUACACUGUGGUCAUUAAAAAAGGAAAUGACAAAUGUUUUUUUUUUUUUAAUUGACAACAUAGGACUGAUUAUGACUAUUCCUAAGAUACUGAAUAUGCUGCUGUGCCCUAUAUUACAAACUUUUAAAUGCAUACUUUACUGUGUACUCAUUAAGCCACAAUUAAAGGAGAAAUUUCAUGUUGCCUAAUCAUACUGUCAGUAAAUAGAAAACUGUGGACUAGAGUGUUUAUGGAGAAGUGUUUGCACUAUUGUCCAUUCUGACAUUAUCCAUUACUCUCAUUAAAACACUCAAUUUUUGAUGCAAGUGUAUGUUACAUGCACCACAAUAAAAUAUUUAUGUAACUCA